AGCUGAAGUCCGGGCCUUCCGAAUGAGUCCUGUCUUGUGGUAGUUGAUGCUCACUUGUGUGGACAUGAGAUCCUCAGCCUCGUCUGCCACCAGAGCAAUGUCUCUUGGUCAUUGGGUGCCAUCUACGCCUCUACUCCUUCGUCCUUGAAGCCAUUUCCUAUCGAUUGCGACAGAAACCGUUCCUUUUCUUCUAUUGACUUUCCAGCCGUCUCGAUGUUGCAUCGGUGGUGCGAAAAUGCUAUGUGUGCUACUGACACGACUCUUGCGUCAUGUAAUUCUAUGCGGGGUCGCAUUGCCAUAUAUUGUCCGAGCAAGAUCUGUCAAUCUGAGAAGCACGGCUCCAGCGCCCCUUUCGAUUCCCCCUUCCCAAGAGUUUGAUGGAGACGAUGGGCCAUGGUCAACCUUCACAAUACAGAUCGGAAGCCCGCCUCAGAGUGUCAAAGUGCUCAUCUCAACAUACGCAACUCAGACAUGGGCAAUAGCAGAAGAAGGGUGUGGCUCAGGCGAUCCGACUGAUUGCGACACAUUACGAGGAGGGUUGUACAACUACUCCGCAUCUACAACUUGGGUACCGAACUUGGCAAAUCUGACCACCCAGAUCUAUGGACUCGGACUCGAAUCGAAUCUCGGAUACUCGGGCAAUGGCAGAUAUGGCUUUGACGAUAUCACUCUUGGCUUUCAGGGAAGUGGCGGUCCGACCCUCAAAAACCAAACUGUGGCUGGUGUCGCAACAAAGGACUUCUUCAUGGGCAUCUUUGGCUUGAAGCCAUUGUCCAGCAAUUUCACAAGCUUCAAUGAUCCUAUUCCUAGCUUCAUGCAGAAUUUGAAGAAUCAAUCUAUGAUUCCAAGUACAAGUUGGGCGUACACUGCUGGAAAUCAAUAUCAUUCCAGCGAAGUUCUAGGAAGUCUCACGCUGGGAGGAUAUGAUGCAUCACGGUUCAUACCAAACAACUUGUCAUUCAACUUCUCUACGAACGAUCAACCUGAUCUAGCAGUCCAGGUGACCAGUAUCACGUCUUUGAAUUCCAGCUCCAAUGAUCCAACAAUUCUUCUGUCGACACCAAUUAUCACUUACUUGGACUCCACAGUUCCAUAUCUAUAUCUCCCUCUUUCAACCUGCGAUCUCGUUGCUUCCACAUUCGGCCUCACUUACAAUACAACGACACAAUUAUACACUAUCUCGAACACCCAACACACCUUACUCGUUGCUCAGAAUCCUACUAUCAACUUUACCCUCACACGACCCGAUUCUCUGGGUUCUCCCAUCAAUCUCGUAUUUUCUUACCAGGCCUUCGCUCUUCAAGCCACAUGGCCCUUAGUCGAUACACCAACUCUCUAUUUCCCGAUGAAAAUCGCAAACGACUCUUCACAAUACCGACUUGGACGAGCAUUCUUCCAAGAAACAUACGUGAUCGCCGACUACGAAAGACGUAACUUCUCAAUCUCACAAGUUCGCUAUGAUAUUCCCACUCAAGAAAUCAUCACCAUCUACCCUCCAGGCAACACCACUUCCCUUUCCACCUCUACCAAAAAGUCUGUGCUUGCAACAGGAGCCAUAGCCGGAAUCGCCAUUGGCGGUGCCAUCCUCUUAAUCUCCCUGAUCCUACUCCUCUUCUACGUCUGCCACUACAAACCCAAAACUCUCGCCAAACGGCGUGCAUCUGAGCUCUCUGCUGCCCAACAGCCAACCUCACAACCCACGGAAUACACCAAACCAGAACUCGACACCAUAUCCCCCAUCCUCCACGAAGUACCACCGGACAAUUUCCCGGCCCAAGAAAUCGACUCCAAAUCCAAACAAGUAUUCUUCGAGCUGCCCGCCAAGGAAGAAGUCGCAGCUGAGGUCUCCGGAUCGACGAAUCUGUCCUCGGUCUUACUGCGAGAGCAAGAAGAGAUGAGGAUCAGAAGAGAGGGAGAGGUGAGAUGGUCGUGGGAUCGGAGACGGAGGGCGAGUAGAGGGGAGAAGAGUGUGGGGACUGAGAGUGAGGAUCUUAGUUCUGGGUGGGGCGAUCGCGAGGAGGAGAGGACGGUUUGGUCGCUGGGGACGACGUUGCGGGGUGCGUCGGAGCAUGAGCAUGAGGAUGAGAAGGGGAAGGGGUAUGUGCCGGAUAUGGAGUUGCAGGAUGUGGUGCUAAAUAGAGACGGGGAGGAAAGAGAUGAUGAUGAAGGGGAUGCUGGGGCGAGUAGCGUUUCGUCUGGCUGGGUUUCUUCUCCAAAGAGUGCGUUCAGUGGGUUGCGGUAGCAUCUUUGUUGCUCACUGAAUGAUUGGGAAUUUAUGGUAAUGAUAAUACAACGGCAUGGAGUUGGCAUGGAUUGGAAAAGGUGUUAUUUGUUAACAUUGGAGCGAAUACCCAUAGUUUGAGGUUCUACUUCUAGUCAAUCAGCACAUAAUACUACUGCGAUGAAUGUAAUGCUAAAGAAACAUAAUCUGACAGCAAUGGAGUCUU